AUGGUGAGAACCCGCUCAAACAUCUCAGGAAAAACACAAGAAACACCAACCAAAGAUAUGAAAAGAUCAAAGAAAGCUAAACCUCAAGCACCGCGGAGGGGAAUUUCGCAAACCGAAAGGGUCGACAGUUCCUCUGUUCCAGAAUACACCGGCGACCCAGCCACCAUCGUCAUGGAUCCCGUCCCUAUCUCCCAAGUGCCAUUCCAAGAAAUCCAAGAAAGUAGAGCAUCACCGGACGAAGACCCGCUAUCUCCAGAACACCUCCCGACUCAAAAUGUUGAAACCCCUGUUCCAACACCAUCAACAGACAAAACACAAAGAAAGAGGAAGAGAGUAGAUCCAUUUGAAGGGGCAGAUCCGCGAGCUAAAAGAGCUGAAGAUUUCCCAAUUUCAGCCAGACCCCCUAGAGGAAAACCUAACAUACCACCUCCAAGAAAACCAAAGGCAAACAAGAAAAAGCAAAAGGAAACAGAAGAGGAGACCAGCUGGAACAGUGAGAAAGAAGCAAGUGAAACUGAAGAGAUAUCAGAAAAUGUGGGGACAAGAACACGUGCAAGAAAGUCACUAAGGAAACACACUGCCAAAGAAAAGGGAAAAGGGGUGGCUGAAGAGGAAAGUGUAACAAACAUUGAACCAUAUGAAGAAAGUGUCAUUCAUGAAUUUUAUAACAAUCUGGGAGCAGGAACAUCAACCCCAAGUGAUCCAAUGUACGGAAAGAUCUACCUAAGAGGUAAAUUCUAUGACUUUACAACCUCCCUGAUUAAUGACUACAUGGGCACCUCAACCACAGAAAACUCUGCAAGCAUCAAUAGUGAACAAGUUGCCCAAGAACUGACAGCUGGUAAUGUAAGCUUUGAGAAGAACAAAAUCAAAGCAGCCUCUCUGACAAGCAAGUAUGCCAUACUCCAAAAGAUUGCUCUAGUCAACGGGAUGCCCUCACUCCAUGAAAACACUAUUAAGUUGAGUCUAGCAGAACUACUAUACAAGAUUGGUAAAAGAAUCAAGAUCAACUUUGGAGAGAUUGUGCACAACCAGAUCAUGAACUUAGUAGGAAAUGGAACCCCCAAAGCUUCUCUAAUAUUCCCCAACCUGAUUUACACACUGCUGGUUCAACAAGCACUCAAGCAACAGAAACCCACAAUUCCAGUCAAAACACUCUCAAUAACCAUCAAACUAAGGAAGGGAACACACCAAAAUGACUUGACAACUACCACUCCAAAGGAAGAUCCAACAGAUAAAACCAUCCUCCUAAAAUACUUCUAG